GUGUGGAGUAAGGAAUGCAAAGUCAACAUAGAUUAAAAUACCAUAUUCAUACUAUUAUUUGUCUAUCUCGAAAUAUAUAAAUUGAGAUAGAGGAAGUGGUUGGUUACCAACUUGUUGAGUGCAGUUUGGGAUCCGGGAGUCAGGAACAGAGGAAAUGACAACGUGUCCUGUGGUAACUCUGAGCUCCAAGAAUGAGCUUCGGAUGCCGGUUAUGGGCAUGGGAACCUCAUCGUACCCACCGGCCGAUCCAGAAACGGCAAAGGCCGCAAUCAUAGAGGCAAUAAAAGCAGGGUAUCGACACUUUGACACCGCCUUUGUUUAUGGGUCGGAGCAGCCUCUGGGCGAAGCAAUUGCCGAAGCUCUAAGGCUCGGCCUCGUGAAGUCCAGGGACGAGCUCUUCAUCACCACCAAGCUUUGGGCUGCCUCGGCCGAGCGUGAUCUUGUCGUCCCGGCUAUCAAGAUGAGUCUUAGGAAUCUGAAAUUGGACUAUAUUGAUAUGUACCUGAUUCAUUGGCCGUUGAGAGUGAGUCAAGAGGUGCGUAAGAUGCCCAUUGUUAAAGAACACGCAUUUCCCUUAGAUAUAAAGUCAGUUUGGGAAGGCAUGGAGGAAUGUCAGAAUCUGGGCCUCACAAGGGCCAUUGGUGUCAGCAAUUUCUCUUGUAAGAAGCUUGAGGAGCUGCUUUCUGUCGCCAAAAUCCCUCCGGCUGUGAAUCAAGUGGAGAUGAACCCACGUUGGCAUCAGAAGAAAUUGAGAGAGUUUUGCAAAGCCAAUGAUAUACAUAUUACCGCUUACACUCCACUGGGUGCAAAUGGGACGAAGUGGGGAGACAAUAGGAUUAUAGACUGUGAUGUCCUGGGAGACAUUGCUAAGGCUAAAGGCAAAACUACUGCCCAGAUAUCUUUGAGAUGGGUAUAUGAGCAGGGGGUGAGUUUUGUUGCAAAGAGCUUCAACAAGGAAAGGAUGAAGGAGAACAUGCAGAUCUUUGAUUGGUGCUUGACUGAGGAGGAUUCAAACAAAAUCAACCAGCUUCCUCAGCACAAGGGUACUACUUUUGCCUCUAUUUUGGGACCCCACGACCUCGUACUGGAGCUUGAUGCUGAGAUAUGAUAAACUACUUAUCAACUAAUAAUUGAAGGACAUGGGAGUGUUGGGAUAGAAGGAUCCACCAAGAACUAAUAAUCAUGGGUUCCCAGGUCAUUCCAUAUAUUCAUAUAAACAUUAGGUGAUAUUUUUGUACUUUCUUUUUUUGGUGGAAAAGAAGAAACGAUUUAUUUUUCUAUGGAUCCACCUAGAUAAAAGAAUAGUUCGUUGUUGAAUAAAGGAUAUUAUAUUUUUAUCA